AGCAGCCUGCCAGGCACCGGAGCCCAAAUGAAGCCCCGAGCCUCUGCCCGCGCCUGUGCCAUCGUGCUGGUCCUGCUGCCGCUGCUGGCUGUCCUCCAGACCACCCGUGCCCAAAAGAAUGCCAUCGACAUCUACAGCCUCACUGUGGACUCCAGGGUCUCCUCCCGGUUUGCCCACACGGUCAUCACCAGCAGGGUGGUCAACAGAGCGGAUUCCAUGCAGGAGGCCACCUUCCAGAUGGAGCUGCCCAAGAAAGCCUUCAUCACCAACUUCUCCAUGAUCAUCGACGGUGUGACGUACCCAGGGAACAUCAAGCAGAAGGAUGCAGCCCAGGAGCAGUACAGUGCGGCCGUGGCCAGGGGGGAGAGUGCUGGCCUCGUCAAGGCCACUGGGAGAAAGAUGGAGCAGUUCCAGGUAUCGGUCAGCGUGGCUCCCUCUGCCAAGGUCACCUUCGAGCUGGUGUACGAGGAGUUGCUCAAGCGGCGUCUGGGAGUGUAUGAGCUGCUGCUGAAAGUCCAGCCCCAGCAGCUGGUCAAGCACCUGCAGAUGGACAUUCACAUCUUCGAGCCUCAGGGCAUCAGCUUUCUGGAGACAGAGAGCACCUUCAUGACCAAUGAGCUUGCAGACGCCCUCACCGUCUCACAGAACCAGACCAAGGCUCACAUCCGAUUCAAGCCGACGCUGUCCCAGCAACAGAAGUCUGCGGAGCAACAGGACACGGUCGUGGAUGGCGACUUCAUCGUCCGCUAUGAUGUGAACCGCACCCUCUCUGGAGGCUCCAUUCAGAUCGAGAAUGGCUACUUUGUGCACUACUUUGCCCCCGAGGGUCUGUCCAUGAUACCGAAGAAUGUGAUCUUCGUCAUCGACACGAGUGGCUCCAUGAUGGGCAAGAAAAUCCAGCAGACUCGGGAAGCCCUCAUCAAGAUCCUAGAGGACCUCAGGCCCGAAGACCACUUCAACCUCAUUAGCUUCAGCGGGGAAGCAACCCAGUGGAAGCCAUCGCUGGUGCCAGCUUCGACCCAGAACGUGGAGGAGGCCAAGAAAUACGCUAACAGCAUCAAGGCCCAGGGAGGAACCAAUAUCAACGAUGCGAUGCUGAUGGCCGUGCAGCUGCUGGAGACAGCCACCCGGGAGGAGCAGCUGCCCUCAGGGAGCGUGUCCCUUCUCCUCCUCCUCACUGAUGGCGACCCCACUGUGGGAGUGACCAACCCCACGAAGAUCCAGGAGAAUGUGCAGGAGGCCAUAGGCGGUCAGCACAGCCUCUUCUGCCUGGGCUUUGGCUUCGACGUCAGCUACGCCUUCCUGGAGAAGCUGGCGCUGGACAACGGCGGCCUGGCUCGGCGCAUCUACGAGGACUCGGACUCCGCCCUGCAGCUGCAGGACUUCUACCAGGAGGUGGCCAACCCCCUGCUGACCGCAGUGACCUUCGAGUACCCAGGCAAUGCCGUGGAGGAGGUCACGCAGGACAGCUUCCGGCUGUUCUUCAAGGGCUCCGAGAUGGUGGUGGCCGGGAAGCUCCGGGCCCAGAGCCCUGAGGUGCUCUCCGCCAAAGUCAGCGGGCAGCUGCCCACGGAGAACAUCACCUUCCAAAUGGAGUCCCAGGUGGCAAAGCAGGAAGAGGAGUUCCGACAGCCCAAGUACAUCUUCCACGGCUUCAUGGAGAGACUCUGGGCGUACCUGACCAUCCACCAACUGCUGGAGCGAAUGGUUUCUGCGUCUGAUGCUGAGAAGCAGGCCCUGAAGACCCAAGCUCUGGGCUUGUCGCUCAACUAUAGCUUUGUCACCCCCCUCACGUCCAUGGUGGUCACCAAACCGGAAGGCCAAGACCAGUCUCAAGUUGCUGAGAAGCCCGUGGAAAGUGUGCCUGAUUACCUGGACGAAACAAUGGAAGAAACAAGCCCUACAGCCGCACCACCAGCCCCCAUCCAGGCUCCCACCGUCAUCCUGCCUCUGCCUGGGCAGAGCGGGGACCAGCUCUGCGUGGACAUCAAGCGCACCUCGGGGCCAUUAUUACUCCUGCUCUCAGACCCUGACCAAGGUCUCGAGGUGACUGGAGAGUAUAAGAUGAAGAAGGCCCAGUUCUCACAGAUCGAGGUGACUUUCAAGAAUCCCCAGCUGCAGGUCCAUGUGUCCCCUGAGCACGUGGUAGUGACUCGGGGCCGAAGAAGCUCUGAGUACAAGUGGAAGGAGACGCUGUUCGUGGUGAUGCCUGGCCUCACGAUGACCAUGGACAAGGCGGGGCUCCUGCUGCUCAGCAGCCCAGACAAAGUGACCAUCGGCCUGCUGUCCUGGGACGGCCCUGGGCAGGGGCUUCGGCUGCUUCUGCGGGACACUGACCGCUUCUCCAGCCACGUCGACGGGAUCCUUGGCCGCUUUUACCGGGGCGUGCUCUGGGGACCCCCAGAUGCCACAGAUGACAGCAAGCGAACACUGAGGGCUCAUGGGUUUGACUUCAAUGCCACCAGAAAGCUCAAGCUGGAUUACCAAGAGGGGACCCCAGGAACAGAGAUUUCCUGCUGGUCUGUUGAGCUAUAGUCCUGAUGGCAGGAGUUAUACCCACCCACCAACCCCAAUGCCACCCCACUGUGUGCAGAUGGCUAUCCUCCUGUGACCACAGCUGCCUGUGGGGUCUCGACUGUGAUGGGGAGGGGAGUUCCACUUAUUACAA